AGAAGCACUCGAGACACUACAUACCAACUCCAUUAACACAUCACAAAACCCAAUCAAAUCAUGUUCUGGGCUCUCGGAUCCAUCUACGGCGCUACCGCCGUCGCCUUUGGUGCUUUUGGUGCUCAUGGCCUUAAGAAAAGAGCAGGCAUGGAUGCUCAGAAGCUGGCUUCAUGGAACACGGCUGCCCACUAUCAACUUGUCCACUCUGGCAUGAUUCUCCUUACAGCUGCCGCUGCUCCCAAGAACAAAGUCGCCGCUGGUCUCUUCGCCGCCGGAAUCACAUGUUUCAGUGGCUCAAUCUAUUUGCUCACCCUCGACCCUCAGAGAUUCAGAGCUCUUGGUCCAGUCACACCGAUAGGAGGUCUCUUCCUCAUCGGCGGUUGGGUUGCCCUUGCUGUCGGGUCUAGAGGUCGUAUUCUCCCCAAGGCUUCAUAGGCCUUGAACCUAGGCUUCAUGUCCAAACUUCAAGGCAAUGUUAAGCCAUGAGGCUUUUUGUAUAUAUAUCUCCUCUCUUCAAUUGCAAUAUAUCCAACCACAUACUGCUUGUCUCUGUAGCUGCAGUCAAAUGAUAGCCCUGACGUGCAGUAAUGCCUUUCGAAG